AUGUCUCGUCACUGUAGCCGUGAACAUGUAGUCACUAUAGCAGAAAAUGAAGCAUUGGAUAUAAUAAGAGAGGAGCAAUGUUCCCCAGCCAUUUCCUCAGUCAAAAUUGACGCUACAUCCAAAAUGAAAACAUUGGAAAAGUCGCGCACUUGUGAUUGUCAUUGUAAAAAUGAGACUGAAUCGGUAAAAACAAAGAUCAACACCGAAGAAAUCAAAUCCAUAUUAAAAGAGAAAGAGAUAGCAAUGAGACAAGAAUUUGAGCAACAUCUAGCGUCCGAAAUAACGAAGCUGAAAAAGAAAUUUGAUUUCAUUUUGCAAAAUGAAGAGGUUCGAGCGUCACAUAUGCUUCAAGAGGCUCACAGGGAGCGUCAAGAGAAAAUCACCGCUCUACAAGCUCAACUGGAAUGCAAAAACUUAGCGGAGUAUUCUGGUUACAUCCGUGCUCUGCAGAACAUUUUGACCGAUGGUCAGAGUUUGAUCCUCCAAUUGUCGCGUGGAUACAAAACUGCUGCCAGGGUCGACCAAGAAUGGCGAGAGAAGAUGAAAAGUGUUAUCAAUGAAUUUCAAGCCUACAUUCAAAAUUUCUGUGGUGGCACGCCGGAUACAAGCCAGUACUUGCUCGAUCUACCUGCGUUGCUCGAAACAAAAACCUCAAUAUACGACGAUCCUAAAGAAGAUCCCAUCGAACACGAAGAGGAAGAAACACCUCUGCAUCAUACCGAAUCUGACACUAACAAGGCAUGGUUCGAUAUGCUGGAUGAUGAGUGCCGGCCGUUCGUUGUGUUUGGUGAUAUGGGGGACUUCAAGCCACAGCAGAGACGUAAAGUACUGGGGACCGUUAAAGCAGCCAAAACAGCGCCCGAGUAUUGGAAACAAUACGUUUUCAAUGAAAUGUUCCUGAAGUCUGACUGCUCGAACGCCGACUCCAUUAAAGAUGAGUAUCCAAAGAGGCUGCCGUCAAAAACGGAUCGGCAGUCUGAGGAUAAAGACGACGAAGAAGAGGAGCCGGCGUCUUUACAUGGGAGCAUUCACGACAGCCUUCGUAUUGUCCCUCGUGGUCCCGACAAAGACUCCAGAAUCAACUAUGAGAAAGUAUGUCCAGUGGAUAAGUGUAAGCGUAUGCAAGUGGACUCGUUCAUGAGAUCUUUACCGCCGUACAUGAGGGCCAACCCCUUCAUACAUUUCGAGCAAACCUAUGACGACUAUGAAACUUGUUCACCAGAACAACUAGAAAUCUUAAUGAAGAGGAUAGAAGAGAAGAGAAAGAAGGAGAAGACAGCUUUGCCAAUAUUCGAAUCGGACCCCUUGAAGGAUUGGUAUCCAGAAGUACAAGGGGUGGGAGUGCAGACGUCAGAGGAGUCGCUGCCACCCUGCACGUGUAUAGUUCCGAGUCCCACACCGGUCUCCAGUGUGGGAAUGAUAUUUAACAUGGCGGACUUAAUACCGGUCAAGCAAAAUUUGGAUACGAUACGAGCACAUUGCUUCUACGAUGAUGAUAUAGAAUUUGACAGGUUCAAAGUCCUCGGAGAAGUGACCAAUGAAAAUUUUAAACAAGACUCUAGUGAGAACUUCACGAAAAGAAGACUAUCCGGAAUCAAAAGAAUAUUAAAAAAGCAUCCUAGUCUGUGCGAACUUUUCCAAGCCAACACUCAAUGCUGCUAA